CGAUUGACAAAUGAUAAUUAUGGGAAGUACAACAGCAACACCAACAACAGGUUCACAGGGAACUGGUAAUCUAAAUUGUUAUUGGGGAAUGAUUGGCUCAGAUGAUAAUCCAACUGGAUUUAGCGGUUCAAGUGUAAACAGUAACAGUGUUGUAAAUUCAAGUUCAUUAUCAAACUGUCAGCAAAGUGGUGGUCCAGGAUCAACUCUUGAUUAUAACCAUAGUGCAUAUUCAACACAAACCACAGGUUAUCCAGGCUCAUACUAUUCCGUUGGUGGUCAACCUUAUGGAUCAGCUGCUGCUGUUGCUGCCUCUUCAGCGGCGGCUUCAGCCUCUCUUUAUCAACAAUUAGCUGCUUCAUCGUCGGCUCGAGCUCAAUUAAUUACUUCAUGGGAUCAAACUGAUGAUGAUUGUAAAUCAAAGUUGUCCAAAAAAAAUUGCCAUUACUCGCUGGGUGACACCAAUUCACAUUAUGUUCAUCAUCCUUUUGAUACAUCAUCAACCAAAUCAACUUUUGAUCUUCUUUCAGCUCAUACUAAUCCAUCAUCAAUAAAAGGUUUGCCUUAUAAAAUGUACUCUCCGUCACACGAAGCUGUGUUAACUGAGAAACGAAAACAACGUCGGAUUCGGACAACAUUUUCAAGUUCACAAUUAAAAGAAUUGGAAAGAGCUUUUCAUGAAACUCAUUAUCCUGAUAUUUACACCCGUGAAGAUAUUGCACGCAAAACAGACCUUACAGAAGCACGUGUACAGGUAUGGUUUCAAAAUCGCCGGGCUAAAUUUCGUAAACAAGAACGUUUAAAUAGUCAAAAAUCAGGAAAUGGAGGAAAUGGUGGUUGUAAUAUAACUGGAUCAAAUGGUGGUCCAGGAAGCAAUGGAUCAAGUAACGGCGCACUUUCACAGGGUGGAGCACCAACACCAACAGGAUCACUUAAUAGUCCAGUUACCCUUAAUGGUUCAUCUCAUCAAAGUGGUAUUAACUCUAUCAGAAGGAUAUCGACCUAAAGAUGAAAGUCCAAAUGUUAAAUCACCUUCAUGAAAUGAUCAUCCUUACUAUCUAUAGUAUUUGAUUUGGAGCCAUAUAAAGGGUUAAAUGUUAAAUGAUUAAUCUACUUUGCAACGGAAGAGCAAGUAAAGACACAAUAUAAAGACAGAUCAGGAAGACAUCAAGAAAGCCAGAUGAAGAAGAGAAGCAACAAAGAGAGUGAAGGAGAAAUGAUGGAAAUCUGAAGUGAUGAGAAAGGCAGGCAGAAAGACACCAAAAAAUGAUGAGGAUGAAAUGAUAAAGGCAGAAGAAGAUGUGGAGAAAAUGCAAUCUCUUUAAUGGAUCAAGCGCAAAUAGAAAUUGAAGAAGUGUGAGGAACAGCAAAUCACACGAGAAUGUACAAUGAUCUGUCAAAAUUAUAGAAGAUGAACAAAAAAGAGAAUCAAGAAGAUCAAGAAGAUGUACUUGAUUGUUACUUGAUCAACAUCUUUGUGAAAAGCUGCCAGGAAUGAAAGUUUAAAAACAAUUGAGAUUGUCUUUCAUUAAACUGUCUAAUUUUUACUCAUUUUAUUUACAUGAGACCACUUCAAGAUCUCAAGUGUAAUUAAACUUGACUUGCAAUCGGAUUAAUUGACCCUUAACUACAUCUUCUUAAUAGGCGUCAAUUAAUGGAUUUGCAAUUGUAAACUAAAGAUUAGAGGGUUAAUUGGUUGUCUCUUGUCGCAUUCAUGUUAAUUCAUUGGCUAAAUACUUGGAAUUUAAAACCUUCAAUUGAAAUGGAUAAAUGUCUGGAAAAUGACGAGAAAAUGAUUAAACCGCGACUAAUAAAUUUGAACAUUUGCAAUUAUCUUUGUAUAGCUGCUGACUUUAUUUUUUCGUGUUAACUUGUUUCGAUAAAAUCAAUCGAACAAAAAGUCACAAGCGAUUUAUUCAAGGAUAAUCAUUUUCAUCGGCAAAAGACCUGUCAGUUGAAUCAGAAAACUACUCUUUUGAAUCUUUUUUUUCAUCGCUUCUAAUAAUUUUUUAAUGAAUAUUGAUCUACUUGAAUUAAAAAAUAAUUUCAUAAAUAAUUUGUUUCUCUAAAGUUAAUUAAUUUUGUGAGCCAUUAAAGAUUU